CUAGAAAAAUAGCUGGCCGAAGCAAUUUUAAAAGAUGUAUAGACGUCCCAUUCACUAUAAACACAGUUCUUUCGCCCAAAGCGAGAUUAAUGAUUAGUGUGGCUGAUAGUGUGAUGCCCAAGAUGUCUUCCCUUGACCAUAAUCUUGUGAAUACCAUGUCAAAAUAUGUUGAAGUUCUGACAACAUCAGGAAAACCAGAGUUGGAUGAGACAUUGAUGAAAAAUUUAAAAAGAAUAUGCAAAAAAUCAGAUGAAUAUGUUGAGCAUGUUUUCCAUAUGCUGAUGACACAACUCAAUCAAGGGCAUUCUGAGAUCAGGUUAUCAGCCUUCCUGAUCUGUGAUGAACUGUUCAACAGGUCUCAUCGCUUUAGAGAACUUUUGCUGGCAGAUUUUCAAAUAUUUUUGGGAUUAACUGCUGAGAUAAAUUACAAUGAGCCUCUACCUCCUCCAAAGAAAGCGGCAAAGAUUCUAAAAAGUAAAACAUAUAAAGCUAUCCAGAAAUGGCAUGAUAAAUAUGCAGAGGAAUACAGAAAACUAGCAUUGGCAUAUAAUUACCUAAAAAAUUGCAAAAAGAUUAAUUUCACUGAAAUACAAGCCAGAGCAGAAGCUGAAAGGCAACGCGAAGAGGCAGAACAGCAAAGGACGGAAAUGGUAAUGCAGCAAAAGCUUAGCAGCUGUCUCCAUGAAAUGACUGAGCUUCAGCCAGAGAUUAGAAACUGCUUGUCUCAACUGGACAGUUGCAUGAAGCUGUUGCUUCCAACUCUAGAUGACUUUGAGAUAAAUGCAGAUGAUUGCAUUAUACCAGAUGUACCUGAGAGCUCUCAGAAAGGACCGUUAAUAGAUAAUUAUGUCAAUAAAAACAUGAAAGGAGAGAUGUCUAAAGUGACAGAUGAAAGAAAUUACACUGUAAAGCAAGGUCUCUCAAUGGUGAAUGUUGAUAAACCCCAUUGUAUUGACAACACUUCUGCAGAAUCUGGCACUAACCACUUUUCCUCAACAGACAUAAUGCAUUGUGAUGAUGCUGAGAAUGGAAUUUCUGAGAGAAUGGAAAGUAUGAACAAUGAUGAUAUAAGUCAAAGAGAAGAAGAAGAAGAAGAAGAAGAUGAGGAAGAAGAAGAAGGUGAAGAAAUGGAGGAUGUACCCGAGUCAGAUUUGAUGAGACAACAUGGUUUGGGUUCUAUGAAGUACAACAUCACUAUUGACAUUGAACCAGGGGUGAUUAAAGAGAAUGAGGACAAUACUGAUAUUCUGAAUGCUGUCAGAGACUCUUCAAAGCUCAUUGCUAAUAGAUAUUUGCCACUUGUUAUUACCUGGUUAAAGAUAUUGACCAAUAAUGGUGGGCAACAAGAACACAUUUCACAACUUGAGAAAUUGAAACAGAAUCUGGAAGCAGCACUUCAAAAGUAUAAAGAAAUGAAAAUUCCAGAACUGCCUCCAAAGUUAGUUGUUUCUGUGACAGAAGAUGAUGCAGAAGGGGAUUUUGAGACUGUCCCUGAAAAGGAAGGUUAUGAAGAAGACAUUCCAGAGCAUCUUAAGGAGUAUUCUAGCAUUGGCUGUACACCGUCCACUAGCAGCACUACCAGCAGCACUAGUAAGUCAGGAGAUAUAUGUCACACUGAGUGGCAAUCCAAGGGAGGUGCUGUUAAAGAAGAAUGGGAUCUAAAAGUUACAAAUAAAAAAUCUGAAUCAGAGCAUGUGGACAGCUUGUCAAACCAGGAAUCAUCAAUAUCAGGAGAAGAUGCUAGGAAACAGAAAUUACUUAAGAAGGCACCAGUAGUUCAUUACGACAUGGACCUCCAACAUUGGGAGAACCCAGAUGCCAAACCACCAGCUGUUGUUAGGAUUGAGUCUGGACACAGAUUUUGGACUCCAAGAGAGUUAAAUGAAGAUUUUGUGAACAAUGAGUCACUGGAAGCUCUCAGAACUAGAACAAUAGAAUUUUCAGGAACAUUUGAACCUGUCAAAUGGAAAUGCAGAGCUCCUAUGCCAAGUGGCAAGUUAUGUGAAAGAAUGGAUAGAAUUAAGUGCCCCUUUCAUGGCAAGAUCAUUCCCAGAGAUGAGCAAGGUAAACCAUCAAAUCCAGAUGAUGUGGUGAGAAUAAAGGAAGAAGAGGACAAAAAGAAAGCAGAAGCUGUUCCAGACUGGCAAGACCCUGUCCUCCUCAGAGAACUGGAGGCAGCAACAGGUAUUGAUUUAACUGUGACAGCAGGCAAAAGAGGGAAAGGAAAAGGCAAGGGGAAAGGGAAGAAAAAAUUUCCAAACCUUACUGAUAUUAAAGCUGCUGGAAAUACAUCUAGGAGAAGACUAGAGAAGAAAGUCCUUAACAAGUCUGCCUUAAGAAGAGUGACCAAUGCAUUAGACAGUUUGGAUUAUAAACUGGCAAAAGACAGAUUUGCAAACCAGUUCAAUUAUGCAUUAAAAUGAUGACAGUUUAAGAACUAAAAUGAUUUAAUAUAAUUUUUACAUUUCAAAAACUAACUUGGAAAAGACUUACCUAUUAUAGCUGUUUUAUACAUGCAGUUUAAAGACUUUUUUUAUUAAGGGUGCAAUAAGCUAUAAAAUGUAUAAUAUAUUUUAAUGAAUGAAUGUUAGUGUCAUUUCUGUAUGAAUUAUCAACCUGUCAUCUGUAUCAAAAACAUGGUAAAGUAAAUUUAAUUUGUUUUUUAUUGUAGCACUAAUAAAGAAUAAGAAA